AUGCCUUCCUAUCUCAUCACAGGAGUCAACCGCGGCAUUGGCUGGGGAUUCCUCAGGAAAUUAUCCGAGGACGCCAAUAAUACCGUGAUUGGCAGCGUUCGCGAUAAGGCUGCUGUCGAGAAAAAGAUUGCCGAGGAGCUCGGAGACCGUCCCAAUAUUCACAUCGUGGAAUUCGAGCUAGUCGACUACGAAAGCAUCAAGAAAUCGGUUCCGGAAGUCUCCAAGAUCACCGGAGGCAAACUUGACUACCUCAUUGCCAACGCAGCAUUUGUCUCGCCUAUCUCGACCUGGCUCCCCAUUGGAAAGCAAGCUGAAAAGCCGGAAGAGCUUGAAGAAGAUCUAUUGAAGAGUUUCAAGAUCAACGUCGUUGGCAAUGUCCACCUAUUCAGCCUCUUCUUGCCGUUGAUACUCAAGGGAGAUGUUAAAAAAGUCAUUGCCAUCAGCUCCGGUAUGGCCGAUCAUGAGAUGGUUAACCAGUACCGCCUCGAAGUCAGCGCCCCCUACUCCAUCAGCAAGACAGGCGUGAACAUGGCCGUGAGCAAGUUCCACGCCCAGUAUGCCCAAGACGGAGUCCUUUUCAUGAGCAUCUGCCCCGGAAUUGUGGACACUGGACACAACCAGAAGCUAAGCGAAGUGCACCAGGAGUACUUUCUGAAGACCGGUGCCAUUUUCAACGAGUAUGCGCCCGGUGUUGCGCUCGCUACUCCAGAAGACUCUGUCAAUGAUGUUCUCAAGGUCAUCUACGACUCCAGUCUUGAGAACGGCAGAGGUGGCGAGUUCAUCUCUCACUUGGGCACCAAGAGAUGGUUGGAGGCCGGCGCAGGAAGCGUUGCUCUUUGA